UGAGACAUAUCGUUAAUCCCUAACAAACUAACCUUCUUAUCAGAGUAAAAUUCCUCUAUAUAAACAAGCAAAGUUCUUUUCCUUCCUACAAGUGAUCAGAAACACGAGAGCUUAAUUUGUUAUUCAUAUUAUUGUUCUUUGUUUUCACAACAUAUAUACCAAGUGCUCGAUUUAUAUAUCAUCCUAAUUCCCUGCCUCAUAUGCGGAUUGGUUUUUCGUUGUCAAUGAAGAUGGAUUCCCAUAAAUGGUGACUAUCCUGUUGAUUAUGGAAGAUGAUAUUAGGCCAUCAACACUAGCGGUUAAUGUCUUGACAAAGCUCUGCCGUAUCAUUCCUACAUGGAAAAUCAUCCAUAGUCAUGAAAGGAUUGAUGCUGCUUACAAAGAUCCUGAAGUUAGACAAGAGAUUCGAUCAAAUCCUUAUUGCUACAAAGGCAGCCUACGCCUUCUAACCUGCAAUCAACCUAUAAAAUUUGGUUUAGAUCUGGAGCAAAGACUUGAAGAGGUUUCAAUACCAUUCCUACUAGUCCAUGGGGAAGAGGACGAGGUGAGGUAUCCAUCAGUGAGCAAUCUUCUCUUCGAAUCAGCUUCUAGCAAAGACAAGAGCUUCAAAUUGUAUCGAUGGAUGUGGCAUUCCCUCACCUAUGGUGAAUUACCGGAAAAUAUUGACACUGUUUUUGAAGAUGUUACUUCUUGGUAGGAUGACAGAGCUGCUAGAAGAGGAGAUCCAUGUUUUG